GCUCGCUCGCGCUCUCCCUCUGUCCCCAGCGAAUGGGUACGGUUCUGGUCAGGGAAGCACACUCUGGCCAGACCAGAGGUGUGAGAUCUGUGCAGCCUCUGCACCCACUCCUCAGGGCGCCCCUCUGCACAGGUGGCACUCCGCGUGCCCUGUGGGGGCGGCAGCGAGCAGGACCGCAGGGACGCCCAGGCUGGGGGCUGUGGAACCCACGGAGCCCGGCUCAGCUAGGAGGAGGAGGAUGCUCUGCAUGCCCAGGAUCCUGUGGGCACUGACAUCCAGCACACUCAUGCCCAUUUCCUGUAAUGGACAAACUUGAUGCAAAUGUGAGUUCCAAUGAGGGUUUCGGGUCCGUGGAGAAGGUCGUGCUGCUAACAUUCCUCUCGGUGGUUAUCCUGAUGGCCAUCCUGGGCAACCUGCUGGUGAUGGUGGCUGUGUGCAGGGACAGGCAGCUCAGGAAAAUAAAAACCAAUUAUUUCAUUGUGUCUCUUGCCUUUGCCGAUCUGCUGGUGUCGGUGCUGGUAAUGCCUUUUGGUGCCAUUGAGCUGGUCCAAGACGUCUGGAUUUAUGGGGAGAUGUUUUGCCUGGUCCGGACCUCUCUGGAUGUCCUGCUCACCACAGCAUCGAUUUUUCACCUAUGCUGCAUUGCACUGGAUAGGUAUUAUGCCAUCUGCUGCCAACCUUUGGUUUACAGAAGCAAGAUGACCCCUGUCCGCAUUGCACUGAUGUUGGGAGGCUGCUGGGCCAUUCCCAUGCUUAUAUCUUUUCUCCCCAUAAUGCAAGGCUGGAACAACAUCGGCAUAGUUGAUGUGAUAGAAAAAAGGAAACUCAACCACAACUCUAACUCGACAUGCUGUGUCUUCAUGGUUAACAAGCCCUACGCCAUCACCUGCUCUGUUGUAGCCUUCUACAUUCCGUUUUUCCUCAUGGUGCUGGCCUAUUACCGUAUCUAUGUCACUGCUAAGGAGCAUGCCCAGCAGAUCCAGAUGUUACAACGAGCAGGAGCUACCCCGGAAAGCAGGCCCCAGCCAGCUGACCAGCACAGCACACACCGCAUGCGGACAGAGACCAAGGCAGCCAAGACUUUAUGCGUCAUCAUGGGCUGCUUCUGUUUCUGCUGGGCCCCCUUCUUUGUCACCAAUGUCGUGGACCCAUUCAUAGACUACACUGUCCCUGAGCAGGUGUGGACUGCCUUCCUCUGGCUUGGCUACAUCAAUUCAGGGUUGAACCCCUUUCUCUAUGCCUUCUUGAAUAAGUCUUUCAGACGUGCCUUCCUCAUCAUUCUCUGCUGUGAUGAUGAACGCUACAGAAGACCCUCCAUUCUGGGCCAGACUGUCCCCUGUUCAACCACAACCAUUAAUGGAUCCACACAUGUGCUAAGGGAUGCAGUGGAAGGUGGUGGCCAGUGGGAGAGUCGGUGCCACCUGACAGCAACUUCUCCUUUGGUGGCUGCUCAGUCCAGUGAUACUUAGGCCCCUGGGACAGUGACCUAGAAGACAGCUGUGGCUCGAAAAGAGGCCAGUCCUAAGCUGCUACCCAUGUGUAUGUGGCUGUUCCUGGCACUCUGUUCUCCAAGGCUUUCCAUCAGCAUGCAGCAACGCGCCCAGGACUUUUCCGCCAGGAUUGCAGCAGGUGGUGUGUGAGGGAGUCAGGGGAGAGAAGGGCUUCCUUGUUCGUUUUCCACUUCUCAACGUUUCCUCUUCCUGGAGUCUGCCCUCUUGUUUGAUGGUCUCUGAAGUUCAUGGCCUAGUCCCCUUGUUGUUUCCAGUCUGUCUCGUAAGCAUUCACUGUGUUUGAUUUUCAGUUUCUAAAUAAACCUUCUUUGAGGUGUCUUCUCACAGAUACUGUCAAAAUAUGUGCCUGUCUUGGCCACAUCUCUUGCCUGGUCACAUCUACCAUGGCUGUGAUCAAAAUCUCCACUAUCCUUUCUUUAUGCCUUCCUUUGUGCUGGGCACUUGUACACUUUCUUUCUUGUGUCUAGGUGUAGGCACACUGAGCUCCGCUUUCUUUCUUUCUGUGUUCAAUGUCAGUGUUCCGUUUAGGCCAGUCUUUGUUCAUUUGCCGCUGGAGACACAGAAUCGAGAUCUGUCAGUGGACAACAGUCUCUGCAUGAACCCUGCAGGGAAGUCAAAGAUGAUUUU